AAACAUGCAGAACUUGAGAGACCAGGCAGACUACCUUGAACUGAAUUCUUAAAAAAUUAAAUAUAUUGUAUCUUAGCUUUCACGUAUGCCAUUUCUGUCCAAUAUGUCUCUUUCAAAUGUCACCAGUUACAUACAAUAUCCCCUCUGACCUAUGCUGGUGACCUCUACCUAUUGUGGAGGAAUCUCCACCUAUUGUGAUGUCAUCCAGUACUUUAUGGUAAUAUUUAUUUUUUCUGGUUACAGUUUAAAGGGCACUUCUGUUUGUGGAGUAAAGCCUGCCACAUUGUCAAAAUAUGUAACUGGAGGAUUACAGUAUGCUUAUCUCUGAUUUUAUUUCUACACUGCUGCUAUAAGUAACAAUGAGUAAAUCUACUAAAUUAUGUCGUAAGACUUCUUGUCCAAGAAGCAAUAUAUUCUGCAAUCUCCUUGACAAAAUUGUUAAAAGACCCUCCCUACAGUUUUUGGGUCAGUGGGGAUAUCACUGUUACGAACCAAGGAUUUACAGAUCACUGGCAAAAAUUCUGAGGUAUGUGGACUUGGAUGGUUUUGACGCACUACUCACAGAUUACAUUGCAUUUGUGGAAAAAUCAGGAUACCGUUUUGAAGUAAGUUUUAACCUCGACUUUACUGAAAUAUGUGUGAAUACAAUUCUGUACUGGGUUUUUGCCAGAAAAGGUAAUCCUGACUUUGUGGAAUUGCUUCUCAAGAAGACAAAAGACUAUGUUCAAGACAGAAGUUGUAACCUGGCACUGAUAUGGAGAACUUUCACACCAGUAUACUGUCCAAGCCCAUUAAGUGGCAUCACACCUCUCUUUUAUGUAGCUCAGACAAGACAGUCUAAUAUCUUCAAAAUACUACUACAAUAUGGAAUCUUAGAAAGAGAAAAAAACCCUAUCAACAUUGUCUUAACAAUAGUACUCUACCCUUCGAGAGUAAGAGUAAUGGUUGAUCGUGAAUUGGCUGACAUCCAUGAAGAUGCCAAAACAUGUUUGGUACUAUGUUCCAGAGUGCUUUCUGUCAUUUCAGUCAAGGAAAUAAAGACACAGCUUAGUUUAGGAAGACGUCCAAUUAUUUCAAAUUGGUUUGAUUACAUUCCUUCAACAAGAUACAAAGAUCCAUGUGAACUAUUACAUCUUUGCAGACUAACCAUCAGGAAUCAACUAUUAACCAACAAUGUGCUCCCAGAUGGAAUAUUUUCACUUCUAAUUCCUGCUCGUCUACAAAACUAUCUGAAUUUAGAAAUCUAACAUACGUCAAUGUCCUAAGUUCCUUAACAAUGCUUACCAAUGUAUGGCUUAGAAGUUAAUAAAAAUUAACUUCAUGUAAGUUUUUAUUGCAUUAAACAUUCAUUUAGAAAAUAUAUUUUCACACAACAUCUUAAUUGGAUCACUUUUUAAUCAAUACAUGACUCUGCCCAUUACCUUCUAUACAAUGGAAUAAAUUAUAUGCAUUUUACACAAAGAGAAAUAAACUAUUUUCAUCCAAAUUACAUCAAAAUGAAAAUAUCAGUUCAAUCUGUAUGUUCUUUCAUCACGAAGAAACUUAUCUAAAAAAAUAGAGUUUUCUCAGACAAUUUUUUGGCUAUUUUCUAAGUACUAGACUUUUUUCUCUAUAACUAUAUGCAAACAUGAGACUUGGAAGACAGUUCUCUAUGGAUCUCUCUCAUGUUUUUCCUGUCAGGAGCAGAGGCACUAAUUUCCAUUUAUUAUGGGCUAGCUUUUCAAGAAGUUUGUAUAGUGAGCAGUUUGGGAGAUAGAGAUAGUGUCUUCCUUUGGAGCAGAAAGCAGGUUUGUUUAUUGUUUAGUAUAAAAAAGUAAUGUCUUUCUCAGGCAAAGGUUGAGCAAGUUUGCUUGAAACUCACUACAAAAGAUUGGAAUUUCCCAAGCUCAGAGCUCCUCAGCUGUGACACAAAUCUACUGUGUCUACAUCUACUUGGACCACUCCAUAUCUUGGAGGGUGGAUCUAAGUGGAAUCGACACAAGCAUGAAUCUUAUGCUACUUGCUAAUGCCAUUAGUAAUAAAGUCCUUUGUUUC